AUGACCUCGUACGACCGCCACGCCUCCCACGACUCGCCCUACCGCACCGGGCGGCACAUUCCCCUCCCUCAGAGCCGCCAUGCCACUCUGACGUCGAUUGCGACGAGCGGCGUCGAGUCCCGUACCGACCUGUCGUCCCCGUACCAGCACGACGAGUUGGCGACCAGCAAUGGCUUCAUUGGCUCCCCCCGCGGCCCCAUGUCUCCGAACUCGCCAUACUCACCUGGCAUGCGCGGGCUCAGCCGCCAAGCGACUGCUGACGCUGACACCUUCGACAAGGGCCCCAAUGGCGGCAUCCAGAUGCAGAACUUCAACGACGGCCUUCCCCCGCCGCCACCCGUGUCGCAUUCGUGGAAGCGCAUCGACCGCUGGGUCGAGGACAAGUACGAGGAGCUCUUUGACAACGUCUGUGAAGGAUGCACGUCCAACGAUGUGAACGAAUUGGAACACGAACUCGACGCCACACUUCCCAUGGACAUUCGUGAGUCGCUGCAGAUUCACGAUGGACAAGAGCGCGGCGGCCUCCCGACUGGUGUUGUCUUCGGGCUGAUGUUGCUUGACUGCGAAGAAAUUGUCAUGGAGUGGAAGAACUGGCGCAAGGUCGCCGACGAGUACCUUACCUCAAAGCCCGACUACCGCACUCCUCAGAUCCCCGUCAAGGCUUUUGCUGGCUCGUCCACAAUGCCGCCCAUCGCACAGGUCCAGUCAAACACCAACCCGCUAUGGCGACAGGACCUACUGGCCAAGCAGGACUCGCAGCCGCAGGGCGCUGUGCAGAAGGCUUAUGCUCACCCUGCCUGGAUUCCUCUCGCGCGUGACUGGGGAGGCAACUACCUCGCGACUGAUCUCGCUCCUGGGCCCAAUGGUACCUGGGGCCAGAUCAUCAUUUUCGGCCGUGACUACGACUGCAAAUACGUGGUCGCACGAUCAUGGGGCGCUCUCCUCGCAAUGGUUGCUGAUGAUAUGGGCUCAGAGAAUGUACACAUUGACGAGGAGACUGGUGAACUCAAGCUCCUUGCUUUCAAGCGCCAGAACAUCGAGCCCCCAUACCUCGAGGUUCUUCGCUGGCGAUGCGACCAGAAGCACGGCAGACGACCACAGGCCAAGCGCCGGCCCAACAGCGGUCUCCGAGUCAACCCCAACGCACCCGGAAGCGUGGUUCCCAGCAGCACGGCUAGUAGCCCGUACCACAGCCCAGUUGUACAGCCAGAGGACCGAGGCCGAAGCCCCGUACGCCUGUCUAAGAAGUCCAAGGGUGUUAGCCCACGCGGCAAGCUUUCCAGCCCACUGGCCAGGGUCGCAGAAGAGACCGCCCAGCCAAUUAGGGUUCAUACUGACCUCGACUCAAGAGCUGGCGCAGGAGUCGACAACCUCAUUUCUGUCGACACACCAAGGCCGAGCGACGACUUCCCGGCUACCCGCCUGAGCCAGGGUAGCGACAAGGAGAACAAGAGCGUCAAGGAAGAAACCGAAAAGGCACCUGCAGUGAAGAGCCCAGACGCCGAAGCAUCGUCCGAGCUGAAGACGGUCGAGAUAUAG